UAUAAAAACUUCCAAUCUGGAAAUGGGAAGGAACGGUCUAUUAGCAUAUAUGAUCUUCGCUCUUACAGUACUAAUUGUAAUUUACAAGUGUGAUGGGUUGGAUGCUGGUAAGAAAGAUUCUCUUUCCGUGGGCGCCUCGCUUCUUGGAAAUGAGACAUUAACUUCAAAGAAUGGCACGUUUGAAUUGGGAUUCUUCAGCCCGAAUGGAAGCAACAACUGGUAUAUUGGCAUCUGGUAUGCCAAAAUACAGGAGAAGAUGGUCGUUUGGGUGGCUAAUAGGGAGAGUCCGGCGAAAAACAGGCCUGGUGUUUUCAAGCUGUCAAAAGGAGGUCAUCUGGGACUGUUUGAUGCAGAGGGCACGUCUCUUUGGUCUGUUAACGUAUCGAACAAGCCCUCGCGGGCCGUGUUAUUAGAUUCUGGCAAUUUUCUAAUGCUGAGCGAUAGCAAUAAAUCUGAGACUGUUUGGCAGAGUUUCGACUAUCCUGUAGACACUUGGUUGCCUGGGAUGUGGUUCGGUGGACGGCAAAAGCUAGUCAGUUGGAAAAGCUCAUUGGAUCCCUCUCCUGGGCUUUUCUCCUUUCACUUUGAUCCAUCUGGAGCUAAACAGUUCGUGCUAACAUGGAACAAUUCUGUCCGGUAUUGGGAGAGCGGAACUUGGGACGGCUCAAUUUUCAGUGGAAUUCCAGAAAUGCCAAACGGAGCCCACUACAGUCUCAGCUUUAAAAAUACUAGCUCUGGUUUGUAUUUGAAUUAUAAACUGCUGGAUGCGAUCUCACGUUUUAUCCAAGUUAAAUCGGGAGGAAUACAAGCAUAUGCUUCCUUUGAUAGCACUAAGUGGAGCAUCACGAAGACUCGCCCCAGAGAUCAAUGCGCUGUAUAUGGUCUUUGUGGCGCUUAUGGAAGCUGCAACUCCAACAAUCUUCAGUUCUGCACCUGUGUUGAAGGCUUCACCCCAGCAGACAAUCGCGCGUUGGAUUCGCAAGAGUGGUGGUCAAGUGGCUGUUUCCGGCAGAAGCCGUUAAACUGCGGUGCCAAAAAUGGAAGCACUGACGAAUUCAUCGACCUUAGUGUGACGUUGCCUGAUCAUUCAGCUUUUCCAUACCCUGCAUCCACAAAGAAAGAAUGCCAGAAAUCCUGCCUCCGCAACUGCUCGUGCACUGGGUUUGCUUUCAAUCCAGCUUCGGGAACCUGCCAAAUCUGGUCAGGAGAUUUGCUAAACAUGCAAAAAUCUCCACCAAAAAGCGGAUGGAAUGUCUCCAUUCGAGUCGCUGCCUCUUCACUUCCAAAGUUUCAUAGACCGUUCUCCACCAAACUGAAAGCCAUAAUUAUUGUGAGUGCUCUCGCUGUUGCUUUUUGUAUCUUAGCAUUUUUAAUAUGGUGGAAGUAUAGGCUACGAUCGAUGGAGAGGUAUGCGGAUUCCUCGAACUCUUUUCUCAGAGUGUUUAGUUACAAUGAGUUGAAGAUAGCAACAAGGAAUUUUAAGUCUAGGUUGGGGAGCGGAGGAUUCGGUUCAGUGUUCAAAGGAUCUCUCACAGACGGCACGCUUGUGGCCGUAAAGAAAUUGGAAGGUUCAAGACAGGGUGAUAAGCAAUUCCGAGCGGAAAUCAGUUCCCUUGGAAACAUACGACAUGGGAAUUUGGUAAGGCUUCGAGGAUUUUGUGCAGAAGGAUCCAGACGCUUACUGAUUUAUGAUUACAUGCCCAACGGCUCUCUAAAUUCCCUACUGUUCACUAGUAACUCCGAAAGUAAAGGUAAGACACUCAACUGGAAAACCCGAUUCGAGAUCGCUUUAGGCACUGCACGAGGUUUAGUCUAUCUCCACCAGGAAUGCAGAGAUUGCAUCAUUCACGGCGAUAUUAAGCCCGAGAACGUUCUUUUGGACAGUGAUUUUUCACCAAAGUUGGCAGAUUUUGGGUUUGCAAAGCUUGUGGGUAGAGAUUUCAGCCACGUACUGACCACAACGAGAGGAACGAGAGGUUAUUUGGCCCCCGAGUGGAUCUCCGGUCUUCCCAUCACUACCAAGGUUGAUGUUUACAGUUUUGGUAUCACGCUCUUGGAAAUCAUUUCAGGCCGAAGAACUUUGGAUUUAAACGUGCAAGAUCCAGACAAGUAUUACCUUCCUGCGUGGGCUGCAGCUCAAAUUUACCAGGGGAAGACUAUUAAUAUUGUGGAGGAAGGUAUUGCAGAGGAGGCAGAUAUUGAAGAAGUGAGAAGACCAGGCAUUGUAGGGUUGUUAUGCAUAGAAAGGGAGGAAGAGAUGAGGCCAAGCAUGGAACAAGUGGUGCGGAUGCUGGAAGGGACAAUGGAGCCUCAAACUCCGCAGGUGACGACCUCUGCAGUCAAGGACAAACAAGCAGACCGAAGCGACACCGAUAACGAUAGGAGUGACAAUGUUGUUAGCUAGAUUAAUCUAAGUGUUGGAUAGUGAUGCAAGGUGUGCAAUUGGAAAUAUAAUUAGUAAUAUGAAGAAUGUAGUUGGAGUUGGGCACAUAUUCUAAAUUAUGUUUUAGUGUUUUUGAUAAAUAUUUAUAGAUGGUGACUUAUCAUGUUUUAGAAGUUUCUUUGUUUGUAAUACAGUGAACUGUUUUAUUUUAGAGGCUUCAA